UUCAUCGACUUCCUGUGAUAAUGAACGGAGGAGUCCUUGCUAGGAUUGCUUUGUUUGUGUGCUUGUUUUUGUGCUUGGCAGGAGUCAAUGGGCAAGAUGCAACGCCGGGCGGCCCCCUGACCUCCGGCGAGAUCGUUGGUGACCUUAUUCGGUACUUUUCGCAGGAUGACCCACAGGGAUUGCCAGUAUUACCCAUCGACGACCCGCUCGAUUACCCGGAUGUUCUCUUCGUGAACGACCGGAUGAGUCUUUGGGGUCAGAAGAUUUUCGGCUUUUCGCAUAUUCGUAUAUCCUCCAUUGUCUUCAACUUCACGACAUUCACGGUCCAAGCCGUGUUCAAGCUGCCUGUGUUGACCUCGCUUGGGAAUUACUCCUGGAAGUCGAGUAUUUGGUGGGACAACGACUCUGAGGGCGCGACGAACAUCACCCUCGGCGACGUCACUGUCCUCCUCGAUGCGUCUCUCAGCGUCGGCGAAGAAGGGGCGCUCAGACUCACCGAAGAAAGCACCAAGCUCGACCUGAUGUAUGGCAUCUUAGAGGUGGACUUCGAAAACCUUUCAACCUUCUACAUGAGCGUUAUCAGAAUAGGCCUCCAGUCCUCCAUUUCAACGAUUCUUGAGUGGAUUAAGGAGUGGCUGAUAGACGCCGUUAACGUCGAACUAGAAAGGACUGCCUGCUUCUGGACCUUCCCUGAUUCCAUGCGACAGAUCGACUUCCUUUUGGCUCAGAUACGUCCCCAAAUACGCUCGCUCGGCCUUGACCCUUGGCACUUGGGGAACGCCGCGGCAUACGUAGGCCUUGGCAUGUAUGUUCAGUAUGAUGACGUGGUCGUUACUGGGCUGUCGUCUCUACACCGAACCAAAGACGUGUACGUGAAGCUCGUUCAAGACACCAUUGCUGUCUUCGUUCAGGCGGGGACUUCCAACCUCGACGUCACAGCUGCUUGGAGAGUCCCUUACCUCAUUGGAGUUCGAGGUCGACUUCACGCUCAGAUCGACUCCUUCUCGGUCACACUUGAAGUACGACAGGCGACCAAUUUCAAGAGUUCUCCGGUUCUAAGGGCGCUCGACUGUCGAAUAGGAAACGUUGCUUUGACCUCAUCGGGAAUGGGUUCAAUAGAUUACCUGAUUGAAGCCAGCGUGAACGUUUUCCCAAACGUUUUCAGGAACGAAAUCUUAGAUCGACUUGAGACGAAACUGUGGCAGUCAGUGCAAGAAGUUCUCCACCACAUAGACCUCCGCACAAUCAUCCUCCACCACAUAGAGAAGAAAAAUAAAACGACAAGAAUCCCGGAGUAAAGGCGAAGGAACG